CCGCCGCCGCCGCUGCUGCUGCUGGGAGCCACCGCUGAAGGCUGCUCGCUCGCGUGUUCGAGUCGCCUUACGGCGGCACGAGAAGAGGACGGCUUUGCGGGACAGGCAGACGGCAUGGCGAGCGUGGACGACGCGUUGGCGUCCGCAGGCGAGGGUAGCCCCUCGCCGAGCGCCGUGCGAGCGUGCGGGAUGAGUUCGACCCGGGGCAUGUCGGUGUUCCAAGACAUAUUUCGGAGGGCUGACAAAAACGACGAUGGGCGCCUGUCGUUCGAGGAAUUCCAGGCCUACUUUUCCGAUGGAGUGCUGCAGCCUGACCAGAUGCUGGAGCUAUUCCGUGACAUCGACACUCACCAGACCGACAAUCUCAGUACUGACGAACUCUGUGAGUACUUCUCAAGGCACCUAGGAGCAUAUGGCAAUGUCCUGUCAGCCUUGGAGCAGUUGAACCAUGCCAUCCUGAGGGCCAUGGAUUGCACGAAGCGGGACUAUGCGGACGCCAGCGUGCUGCAGCAGUUCGUGACCCGCUUCCUGCUACGGGAGACGUGCUCACAGCUGCAGUCCCUGCAGGGCUCCCUGGAGUGCGCCACGGAGGCCGUGGAGCGGCAGACCUGUCCGGGCCGGGUGUGGGUCGGCAGGUCAGAAGUCGCCUCUGUAAGCCGCCCCGUUCGGAAGACCGGCCGCCGAAGCCAGAAGAACAACGGGCUCUCUCCGAGCGACGGGCAGCACCGGGCAACCUUCCCAGUCAUGAGUCCUGACUUCGAGAGCCCUUGGAAUGCCCAGAUCAGCCGCCUGGAAAAGCUUCUGGAUAAGUUGGAGACAAAGGAGCUGAAACUGGAGCCUCUGGAAGAGGAAGAAGUGGAAGGAAGUGACGCUCACGUGCUGCUGGUGCAGAGACAGAUGCCCGUGCAGGAAGAGCAUCUGGAAGCGUUCCGCCAGGCUCUGAGGCUGUACGCUGAGCACACGAUGGCCGAGGGUGGAUGCCUCUACAUUGCUGUCCAGAAACUUGCUGUCGAAGCAAAGUUUGUUAUUUAUCAAUUCUGGGAGAACAGCUCCCUUUGGAAAAGCCACCAACAGACGGGCCACAGCCGAAGCUUCCAGAGAAGCAUGGUUGACCAACUGGAGUCCCCAGAGGCCAUAGCAACGAUGCUGGUUCCAGCUUCCUGGUGGACUCUGAGCAGCAACUGAAAAAUCCACACACUUGCGUGUUUCUGGGUGUUCAACGUUGUAUUUGUGAGCGCAGAUGCUGUGUCCAUGCUUGGUGUUUGCAACGGUUCCUGGCACUUACACGCAACUUGUGCACACGCGCGCGCGCGCACAAACCACGUUUCCUUCGACAUUGACAUUCAAGGAAAGACCAGAGAUCAAUGUAACAGGGUUCGUUUUAUAGGAGUGGUAUUUAAAUGCACACGUACGUACUGUUUAGCUGUGUGUUGUAAAACAAACCGAUUUGUGGCACUGUGUUUGGUUGAAAACGCAGUGGACACAGCUGACCUGGAUAAUGUAUGCUGAUUUUGGUAAAUGAUGUCUGUCGGUGUGUAUUUGCAUUCUGUAUCUUGAUAAAUUCAUAUAAUAUUAAAGUAUAUUCAUUCCAUGGAAAAUCACGAUAUAGACGUUUACAGUAUUAUAAUUAAAAUGUUUUCGUAAAUUCAACAAAGUAUCAAUAAAAUGUUCUAUAUGGUCAGUAUACCACCGUUAAUUAACAUGUAAAGAUGUUUUUAAAUUAUAGUUUUACAUUACAACAUAAUACAUUUUUCAUAAUGUAUAUCCACUAUAAAUUCAAAUUAUGAAUUGUGAUUUAAAUAGGAGUAUUUGAUUAUUUCAAUCAUCUCGUGUUGCAAACCAGACCCUAUGCGUUGAGAGAACGGACAAAAAUACACAAUUACUACUGUGUGGGUUUUCUGCGGUUGAGCUGAUGGCUCCGGUGAUGUGUUCGCUCCUUAUACCGCGUCUUGUUCGUCACGGUGUCUGAGGAGUUCAGGCGCAACAAGGAAGUUCCCAGCACAUGGAGAAAAACAUCAGACAAGCUAAACGACCCGCGGUACAACGCGAAAACACAUUGACAUCGGAGACCUAUAGGGAUUAAUUAUUUACGACUUGCUAAAGUUACACAUAAAGUGAUAUCCCUUGGUUACAUAAAACAUGUUAUGUAGAUAAAUGAUGCAUUAAAGGCAGAAUUGACUGGAGCUAAGCAAGUUUCGGGUCAUGUGAGUUGCAACAGCUGACCCGAGUGACACAAUCUCCCUAUUGAUGGCGAUAUAACGGAGUUGUGCAUCUGCACCCAUCCCAAAGGUGUGAGAAGAAACAUAGCCACGCCACCACAUCUCAGCUCGGCCACAGUUUUUGCCCCCAAUGCUCCUCUCACAGCAAAUAUAUGAAAUCUGACAUUUUGACAUGUGGAAAUAUUGUCGUAAUUUUCGGUUCCAAAAUCUGACGUAAAGCCUUAGGUAUAGCAUUCACUUAAAAUAAUUGUCACCCACUGUGCUGAUAGAAGUACGGCUUUAUCAUACUGCAGUGUUAUUAUAAAUAUUCAUUUUGGAUGAUUAUAGGUAAGGAAAGAACUCGCAAAUAAUAUUUCAUAUUGGAGAAGAAAUUGUCGCAGUGGGAGAAACAUCGUUUUGGUGAGAUAUUUUCUUACCUAUAAUUCUUUUUUUUUAAUUAUCGUGGGCGAUGGCCACAUUUGCUUGCUUUGACGCAUGUUGGAAUUUGAACGUCGUAAAAUAAUUUACAGCACAGGGGGAAGCCGUACCAGACACCAGCAGUGGUGUUCAGAUAAGAAUUGGGUGGACCAAAGGCUGACGAUGAGUUUACUCCAUGCACUUGAGCUGCUUUUAUGAGCAUGCAACUGUACACAUGUCAUUUCAGUUGCAUUAAUGUGGCACUGAGGGGGGAGGGUAGAAGUAGUCGUCGGCAGCCCAGAGUAUAACACUUCUUUCUGGGGGGUCAGAUGUUGUCCCUGCUCCCGCAUAUGAGCUUGUUCUUUUCUCCACUUAUUAAAUGCGUCUGCUCAUUUGUUGAAACAUUA